ACAAGGACACAUGAGAUCCUGACAUGUCGUCUCUUGUAUCAAUUUUGUCCUAAAAAGAGCUCAUCUGAUGUUAAUACGUACUACUGCUUCAGGUAUUUGGAGGGAAAGAAUCACUCAAAUUUUUUGAUAAAAAGAAAACGACACGUUUUUUGGAUUCCACGCGAAAUUGAAGGUAGUUACCAGAUGGGAUGGUUUUUGAUUUUGCUGUCUCUAAUUGUAAUAUGGAUAGCUUCUUUAUGCAAAAUUCUCCAUAUUUCUUCUAACUCAAGUCCCAAGAUAUCUUUUCUAAACAAUGGUGCAGCGCCUUGUAAGAAAAAUGUCCUGCUGGUUAUUGCUCACCCUGAUGAUGAAUCUAUGUUCUUUUCUCCAACAAUAAACUAUCUGAUUUCAGGAGGGCAUAAUCUUUAUAUUCUAUGUUUAUCAAUUGGUAAUGCGGAUGGUUUGGGAAAUGCUAGAAAGCAUGAGCUCUACCAGGCUUGUGUAAUCCUGAAGGUUCCACUUCAACAAGUGAAGGUUCUGGACCAUCCUAAUUUGCAGGAUGGCUUUGGCCAAGUUUGGGACCAUAACUUCUUGGCAAAGAUCAUGGAAGAGGAGGUAUCUACCAAUGACAUUGAUGUGGUUAUUACAUUUGAUAAACAUGGCAUUUCAGGUCAUUGUAAUCAUUGCGAUGUGCAUUAUGGUGUAAGCAAGCUGUUGCAUGCAAACUUCCAGAGAAGCAUUGAAGCUUGGGAACUUGUCAGUACGAACAUUUUACGCAAGUACAGCGGACCAAUUGAUAUUUGGUUGUCCAUGCUAUCAGCUAUGAAAUACAAAAAUGGAACAAUGCAUUGCUUGCUAAAUAUGCAUCCUGAGAAGAGCUUUCAUGCAAUGGCAGCACACUCAAGCCAAUGGGUUUGGUUCCGCAAGCUUUUCGUGUCAUUUUCGAGUUAUACUUAUGUGAACACCCUUAGAAAGAUCAAGUAGGUAUUUAUUUCUGGAUGAAAUUUGAGUUAAGUCUUCUUUGAUAGCCAUCUAUUUGAGCUUACUUUCUUGUAAUUGUUAUUCCAUGCACAUCAGCCGAAUCUCUGGCAUAAUAUCAUAAAUAGAUGUACAACACAAUUCAGCUCUCAGAAAUUUUAAUAAAAAAAACAGACAAACAUUUUUUUUC